GCAUCUUAUAGUUUCGUCACAAUGGUCAACGUCGAUACCGCCGCGCAAUACGUCCUUACAAACUCGGUGCUCGGCUCUUCGAAAGGCCUAGCAUCAACGUCGAUGAAUGACAGCCUCGUUGUUGUACCUUCUUCUUCUUCAGACGCUCAAUCAUGGUACUUCAUACACACCGACAACGCAGACUACUACCGCCUCCACACGCGACAGAAAGGCGACUUCUCAGCGCUCGAUGUUUUCAACUACAACGGCAAAAACUCGAUUGAUGUCCACUUCUAUGCUGUUCAAGACAAUACAGGCCAGCAUUGGCGCCUAACUGAGCAGGACGACGGGAGCGUCAAGAUCAACAACCAGUUCACUGGCCCGGACAUAUACCUAGAUGUGGUCAAAGACACACUGCAGCCCACACUUGCGGCACGCGACUCGCCUGGCAUGCAUUGGACGCUGAGCAAAGUCGGCUCGCAUCCUACAGCGCCGCCUUCCGCUUCCCUCUCUGCUUCGGCAACCGCGUCAGGCUUCACCACCUUGCCUACUAAAUCAGGUGCCAGCAACGCGGCCACAGCUUCGACAGCAUCCCCAACGGUAACAGCGGUUGCUAUAUCCAAAGACGGGCUUUCAGGAGGCGUGAAAGGAGGGAUUGCAGCGGGUGCGGUGGUCGGCGUGAUUGCUGUGGGCAUUGGUGCCUUCAUGGUAUACCGAAGUUGGAGGCGGCGGCGAGCAGCCCAGCAGCCGCUGCGACCCGCUGCGAUGAGGAGCAACCCGAUUUUGAAUGUACCACGGCGGGGCUGAUAUCAUUUCUUCUGGUAAUUCUUGGGAGCGUUGGCGUUUAUUGGUUUUUUGAGGUUGUCAUGCGUCGGAACUGCCUGCUGUUAGCAUAUCCUGAAUACCUUGCGAGUCUUUCUGAUGUAAUACCCGUCUAGAUCGUUGUUUCUUGUACGCAUUUCGCCAAUUUCAACCUAGC